GAUAGAUAGAAGCUCCAAAGUAAGGUCGGUCGGUUGUACAUGAAACAACAUAUUUCUUUUUUUCGAAUUUCAAUCUUCUUCGGAGGAGAAACAACAAUAAUGGGGAGAGGAAAAACAGUGAUGAGAAGGAUAGAAAAUACAACAAGUAGACAAGUAACAUUUUCAAAGAGAAGAAAUGGUUUACUAAAGAAAGCUUCUGAACUUUCUGUACUCUGUGAUGGUGAAAUUGCUCUUAUCGUCUUCUCAUCAACAGGAAAACUCUAUGAAUUCUGCAGCACUACCAGUAUGCAAAAGACGAUCGAGCGCUACCAGAAGUACAAUAAAGAGGUACAAGAAAAUUCACAGCAAUUGAAAUAUGAAGCUGUAAACCUCGCAAAGGAGAUUGAGAAUCUCCAAACGUCGCAAAGGAAGCUAAUGGGAGAAAGCUUAGAAUCUUGCUCCCUUGACGAAUUGCAGACAGCUGAGACUCAGUUGGAGAUGAGCCUACUUAAUAUUAGAACUAAAAAGAAUCAGUUAUAUAGGGAACAGAUUGAGCAACUAAAACAACAGCACAUGACAUUUCAGGAAGAUCAGCUAUUAGAAGAGAAUGAAGUUUUAUGGGAGAAGAGGUCGGGAAUUACUCAUUUUUAUGUCGAAAAUAAGAGCCUUGAAUUAAGGAAUAUCAUGAUACAAAGGAGUAUGUAUUUGAUAGAUUAUAACUUCGACGAUGUUCUUGCUGCGAAACCUCACUAACUUUGUGAGACUAAGCAUGUGAUCUUUAGAGAGACACAAGAAAAGGUCUAGGCGUCUAGCCCAGUCUAAGUGUGAGGAAGAGCAAAGAGUCUUAAAGCUAGUUAAUGACUAUAUCUUUCUUUUUACCGUAACAGUGUCGGUCUCAACAAUGGGAACAACAGAACCGACAGACAGAAAUGGCACUACCUUAUAAAACUAGUCCAAAUUCUCAAGAGGUGGAAACUAAGCUAUAAAUUGGAAGGCCUGAAAGAAGGUGACAUAAUGUUGUUAUACAACUCUGUUGGAAAACGAUUAAUAAAAAAGUAA